UCUACUAUAUAUUUUUAUUUUAGUUUUUACCUCAUAUAUGCACACAGAAAAUAAUCAGCAUACUCUCACAUAUAAAGCAAAGGUUUCUAUAUGCUUUAUAUAUAUACAGUGUACAUUUUAUUAUGUGUAUUUAUAUAUGAAUAUGGGCAUGUUUACACUUAUAAUAUAAUGCCUGUCUAGAGGUGUGUGUAGAAGGUAUGGGAAUCCCCAUACACUUAUUACAAUCCACAAUCUUUUCUUAUUCAUAUAUAUAUAUACACAUACAUUUUUAUUAUUAUUAUUAUUUAGACACACCUCAAAUGAAGUACUGGUCAGGUUCUCUGUCUUUAUUCAGUGAUAUAACUGGGUCUAAAUACCUGAAGAUAUUUUUUUAGAAGUUGUUUUCACCUUUUCAGUAUGUGCCUUGGAGUUAUUCGCAACAUAGUGUUUUCUUCUCAAGAAAAAUUACUUAACCAAGGGAAAUAAAUAAAUAUAUAUAUAUAUAUAUAUAUAUACAUAUAUAUAUAUAUAAGUGAGAGAGAGAGAGAGAAAGAAAAAAAAUCUUGAAGGUAACGUAAAGAAAUUUUACCACUAUGCCAAAGAAACGCCAAGGCAAGGUAACAAACAAGGAAGUUGAUGAAAUGGAGGAUGGCUGCCUCAAAGUUGGUCUCGGUAGCCAUCCCGAGUCAACUCUGUCUGACACAGCCCUCAAUGAGACUCCAGGGAUAGGUUCUUCUAAGGAAAACCCAGUAAACCAGGAAGAAGUGGAAUUGCAACCACUAAUCUCCCAUAUUUCUGCGAUGGACCGAGGUGCUUGUAUGGGCCAUAUCUCCACACUGCAUGAUGAGGUGGAAAAAAUAUUUGAAACUCCUCCACGAUUCAACAUUGAUUCUUUAUCAACGGGAGAAGUCUGUCAGGAUCAGCACCGGUUUGGCGAGGAUGAUUAUAAAAACCAUCGCCGAAUGUCAUUUCCCCAUGUCCAUCAUCCAUUGAAAUCAAUGACCAGUCGCUCAUUCAAAUCUAUGAAAGGGAUAAAAAGAAAAGUGAAAAAGAAAUUUCAAGGAGCCAGAAGCUUUCCAUCCAAAAUAGCUGCUCAGUCCCCAGUUAUUCCUGAAGUAGAUGUUGAAGAAUAUCAAGAGGAUAUUGACUCAGAUGAUGCAGAUUUUGAUAUGGCUUCCAACAUGUACUCAAUUGAAAUGCAAGAUUCACAGUCUGAUAUACCUGAAUUGGCUGUUGGUUUCUACAUUGGUGAGAGUGAGCGUGGCCCAGAUGUAGCAUCUUUGCAAACUUCAUUUGAAGAUUCACCUCUUUUGAUGAGACACCAACCAUCAAUCGAGUCAUAUGCAUCUUCCAAGUCUGUAGCUGCACAGAAGUUCCAUCGCCAGGCAUCUGGCUCUCCUGAACCAACAUCGAUGUUUGAAAUAGAUGAGGCACCUCGGCCAUCUGAACAAGCAGCACAUCCAAGAUUAUCGCUGGAUGAAACAGAUACAAUGAGAGGCAGUCAACCAUCUCUAAAAGUAAACUUUCAAUUAGGUGAAGAGGAGCCCAGUCAAGAGGAUGUAUUAUGGGUUAAAAGGACAGAUGUAGACACUGGAAAGGGAGGGUUAAUGAAACAAUCUUCAUCAGCUGCAUCUGCACCAAGUUUCAGACACAAAACACCAGAAAAGUCUCCGGCUAGUGAUAAAAAAGACAAAAGCAGUGAUAAAGAGGGCAAAAGCCACAAGCACAAACAUGGUCAUCAUCAUGAACAUCAUCAUGGACAUCAUCACGGUCACCAUCAUGGUCACCAUCAUCGGCAUCAUGAGCAUUUUCGAAUGCAAGACUUGUUAAUGCGCAGGCAGGCAGGAAGUGAAAUUGAUUUGGAUGAGAAAUUGCACAGAGUACCUACAGAGUCUGAGGAAGCAUUAACAUUACAGAAAGCUGAUCUCGAUCAGAUGGCAAGCCAUCGAUGGGGUGAUGUGAGAGGCAUCAGGAGACACAAAAUUGCUAAACAUAGUGCAAUUGCAUCUGUUGUACAUCUCAGCAAGACAGAAAAGCUAAAGAAGAAAAUUUUAAAGCCUAAGAAAAAGUUUGACCAUAGUCCACAUGAGCUCUUUGUAGAGCUUGAUGAACUACAUGUUGGAGACCAAAAUGAUUGGGACUGGGAAUGGAGAGAAAAGGCUCGUUGGAUCAAAUUUGAAGAAGAUGUUGAAGAAGGAGCAGAGAGAUGGGGCAAACCUCAUGUAGCUUCAUUGUCAUUUCAUAGCUUAAUAGAACUGAGAAAAGGGCUCGAACAAGGUGUAUUUUUACUGGAUUUGGAAAGCACAGAUUUAAAGUCAAUAGCUCACAACAUUGUUGAACAGAUGGAUAUUUAUGACCUUAUUCAGCCAGAAGAUAAGGGCAAUGUUCUAAGAACUUUAUUGCUGAAACACAACCAUGUCCAACAGAGAAGUGAGCUUUCCACACCAAUCCUAGGUGGAAACAGGCGCAAAUCCAGCAUAGCCAGCAUUGGUGCCUCCUUACAUGUUACUCGAGAAAGGUCACUAAUGAAAACCUUGUCAUCAGCCAGUUUCACAUCUGCUAGUUCUGUGACUAAUUUAACUCGAGCUGGCCAUCGUGGUAGUAAUGCUGUACCAAAUCUUCAUGACCAGUCAUCACACAAUGUCCAUACUCCUACAGGACUGUCAGACAUGAGUGGCUCUAAGCUUCCAGAAACAUCCGUUGGGGAAUAUACAAAAUUAGAAAUGGCCAAAGUCGAUAUUGAUAAUAAUAUGCAGUCUGGUAAUGCGCACAUUCCUUUGAUAUCUCCGGAGUUACAAAAGAGACGAGUUCAGGACAUUUUAAAAAGGAUACCAAUAGGAUCUGAAGCUACAACAGUGAUGGUAGGAUGUGUUGACUUCCUUCAAAAACCUGCAAUGGCUUUUGUUCGACUUUCAGAAGGUCAAAUCAUUAAAAACUUUACUGAGGUUCCUUUACCUACUCGUUUUGUAUCUGUGCUACUUGGUCCAGAUAAUGGAGAGAUGGACUACCAUGAAGUUGGCCGCUCACUGUCCACUCUUAUGUCAAAUCAGAACUUCCAUGAUGUAGCUUACCAAGCUGAAAGUAGGGAAGAAUUUCUACAUGCCAUCAAUGACUUCUUGACGGAAUCUAUAGUGUUGCCACCUGGUGACUGGGACCAUAAAACUCUACUACCCAUCAUGGAUAUGGCUAGGAAACGAGCAAACUUACGAUUGAGAAAAAAACAGAAGCAGAUGGAAAAAGAGGCGCUAUUAGAAACCAAGGGAAAAGUUAUAUUGGAUCCACUUUUGAGGACUGGUCGUCCAUUCGGAGGGCUCAUAAAUGACAUAAAGCGCCGUUAUCCAUAUUACCGAAGUGAUAUAACAGAUUCAUUGAAUUUACAAUGUCUAGCCGCCUUUGUUUUUAUAUUCUUUGCAUGUUUGUCACCAUGUAUUGCCUUUGGGGGGUUGUUAGCGGAAAAAACCAAUGGACUUAUGGGGGUAACAGAAACUGUACUGAGUACGUCGCUGUGUGGACUUAUAUUUGGCCUGUUCAGUGGACAGCCCCUUAUGAUCCUAGGAGCCACAGGGCCUGUUCUAGUAUAUGAGCAGUCUUUAUACAAGUUCUGUGAAAGCAAUGAUUUAGAAUUCCUGCCUAUGCGUUGUUGGAUUGGAUUCUGGGUUACUGUGAUAGCCGCAGUAGUUGUGGCCUUAGAAGGCAGCUUUCUCGUGAAAUUUGUUACCAGAUUCACAGAGGAAAUUUUUGCUAUAUUGAUUUCUCUUAUCUUUAUCUAUGAAGUCAUUAAAAAAUUAACAGAUAUUUAUCAAAAAUACCCAUUGAUAGCUGAUUGUGAAUCCUGUUGUCCAAAUAUUGUUCUUCCAAGCUUCAAUAGCAGUAAUUCUUUAGAACCAGUGUCUGAAAUACCAUACACUCUAUUUAAUUCCUCCAUGGGUGCCACAGCGGACCAAGCUCACAUGACAACUGAGUCUGGGGUUGAGGAGAAUUUAAAAGGUCAAAAUCGUUACACAAAAAAUUCUAAUCAACCAAAUACUGCACUGCUGUCAACAAUUUUGGCUCUAGGAACAUUUUUUAUAGCAUAUUUCCUCAGAAUAUUCAGAAAUAGCAAAUUUCUUGGGAGAAGUGCGCGGAGAGCACUUGGUGAUUUUGGAAUUCUAAUAGCUCUUGUAGUUAUGGUGCUGCUAGAUGUGUUAAUAAAAGACACUUGUACACAGAAACUUGAGGUAUCGGAUGAAUUUGCACCUACAGCACCAAACAAACGUGGCUGGUUCAUUAAUCCAAUGGGAAUGAAGAAAACAUUUGAAGUUUGGUUAAUCUUUGCUUCAAUUAUUCCGGCUUUCCUUAUAUUUAUACUUCUAUUCAUGGAAGUACAAAUCACUGAAACCAUAAUGGACAAAAAAAUGAGGAAAGGUUCGGGUUACCAUUUGGAUAUGAUGCUAGUUGGCGUACUGGUUAGUAUUUGUGCAUUACUUGGUUUACCAUGGAUGUGUGCUGCAACAGUACGGUCAGUGGCACAUAAGUCAGCCCUUAGUGUAUUCAGCCGAACACAUGCUCCAGGUGAAAAACCAAAAUUAUUAUACGUCCAAGAGCAGCGUCUCACAAGUAUAUUGGUCAGUAUUUUGAUAGGUUCAUCUUUAUCAUGGGGUCCACUAUUUCGAGAGAUCCCUCUUACUGUUUUGUUUGGUGUCUUUCUUUAUCUUGGUGUGUCUUCUAUGAGUGGGGUGCAAAUGUAUGAAAGAACUAAACUGCUACUUAUGCCAGUGAAACACCAUCCAUCUGUUGGCUAUGUGCGACGGGUGCGAACAGUCCGAAUGCAUCUUUACACAUUAACCCAGCUGUCUUUAUUGGUGGUCCUAUGGGUAGUCAAAUCAACAGAAGCAGCCUUAGCUUUCCCUUUUCUUCUCAUCCUUCUUGUACCACUUCGGUUAAAACUGCUCACAUUUAUUUUUACUGAGAAAGAGCUUCAUGAGUUGGACAAAGAAGAAGAAGAUACUGAAGAAGAAGAAGAUGAACCUGAUUUCUAUCAG